AUGCUCACCGAUGUUGUGGUCCUCGUCACCUUCACCAAUCUUAACCUCAAGAACAGCAUCAAUAGACCAUCACCUAUACACCGUAACAAACGUUUUGGUCAGCGGUCAAAGGCAGCGGAGAGAAGGGCCUGUGUUGCGGAGCUUCCUUCUCCGUCUGUACCCGCCCGCGACCGACCCGCGCCCUGCGAGGAUAAUGAGGAGGUAACGCUGCCUGUGACGGUGGCUUGGGAGGAGGCGGAGCCAGGAAUGGAGUGGGGCGAGGCUGUGGUGAUGGUGAUUGUGGAAGAGGGGGUGGGGAUGAUGGCAUGGUGA